AUGUCGGACGAUAACGACAACAAUAGUGAUGUGACGGUACCUCCGGCAGUGCAAGCAGAGAAUCCACCAUCAACCAGUGCAAUUCCAACGACCGGCGUUUUCCGGGUCGGCAUACGUGUUCCUCCAUUUUGGCCCGAAGAGCCGGCGGUAUGGUUCGCGCAACUCGAAAGUCAGUUUACUUUAUCCGGAAUCACCAGCGAUACAACAAAAUUCUAUCAUGUCAUUGGAAAACUCGACCCACAGUUUGCGAUUGAAGUAAAGGAUAUAAUCUUAUCACCACCUGAAUCAAAUAAGUAUGAUAAACUGAAGACAGAAUUAAUUAGACGAUUAUCAGUCUCUCAGGAGCAAAAAAUUAGACAACUGAUGCUACACGAAGAACUCGGCGAUCGCAAGCCCACACAAUUUCUGAGGCAUUUACGAAGUUUAGCUGGACCUUCAGUUCCUGAUGACUUCUUACGUCAAGUUUGGUCCGGCCGUUUACCCAAUAAUGUACAAACUAUUGUGGCGUCGCAACCAAGACUUCCACUCGAUGAUAUAGCAGAGUUAGCCGACCGAAUCCAAGAACUGGCACCAAGUUCGAGGCACGUAGCCAGCACAUCAGCCGAACCGACGGGUGCCGUCUCAGAAUUAAGUCGACGCGUUGAUCAGCUAGCCCAACAAGUGGAAGCUUUACUCAGUGAGGACAAUAUGCAACGCCGAGGCAACAAACUGCGUGGAGCCAUGUACAUUCAAGUCGGGAAACAUUCAGGGCAGGCAAUAGUGGCCGAGAACGUCUGCCCCAUUUCGUCAGGCCGUCUAUUCAUGACAGAUCGUACAACAAAGACCCAAUAUCUAAUCGACACGGGUUCAGACCUGUGCGUAUUUCCACGGUUACUUGUCAACGAACGACGAAAGAAAACUGAUUAUGAAUUAUACGCCGCCAACAGUACGGUAAUCGCAACGUAUGGUUAUAUUACUUUACACCUCGAUUUCGGCCUGCGACGAAUUUUUGAAUGGCGAUUUACAAUAGCUGAUGUCUCGAAGCCUAUUAUUGGCGUUGAUUUUUUGAUCUUUUACAAUUUGCUCGUCGACUGCCGCAAUCAAAAGCUUAUCGACAAAACUACUUCUCUCUUUACUGACGCACAGCAAGUCAGCGCGGCUGAAACUAUAUCAUCGAUUCGCACGACCUCGACUAACGACUCCAUGUAUACGCUGCUUCUGCGCGACUUCCCGGAUAUCACUCGCCCCGCCGGUAAACUAGGUGCCCCUAAGCACGAUACAGUGCAUCAUAUAAGGACAACACCUGGACCCCCGGUCUCCAGCCGCCCUCGACGUCUGGAUCCUGAGCGCUUAAAGAUUGCUAAAAAAGAAUUCGAUGACAUGCUGCAGAACGGCACAGCUCGCAGAUCAGAGAGUCCAUGGUCGUCACCUUUACACCUGGUGCGCAAGAAAAACAAUGAGUGGAGACCUUGUGGAGACUAUAGGGCGCUUAAUGCUCGAACUAUACCCGACCAGUACCCUGUUCGUCACAUACAAGAUUUCGCUUAUAUGCUAGCAGGCAAAAACAUAUUUUCCACCAUAGACCUAAUCAAAGCCUACAAUCAAAUACGCGUAUAUGGACCGGAUAUUCCCAAAACAUCGAUAACGACACCGUUCGGAAUGUUCGAAUUUCCCUUUAUGACUUUUGGAUUGCGUAACGCAGCCCAAACAUUCCAAAGGUUCAUGGAUGAACUCCUUCGUGGAUUCGACUUUGCCUACGGUUACCUAGACGACAUUUUGAUCUCCUCAUCCUCAGAAAUCGAACAUAAAGAACAUCUGAGUCAGCUCUUCAGACGACUUCAAGACUACGGUGUUUUGAUCAACACUUCGAAGUGUGUCUUUGGACAAUCUGAGGUAACCUUCCUAGGAUAUCGCGUCUCAGCACAGGGCAUAAGUCCAUUGGAGUCGAAGGUGCAAGCUAUUAACGACUUCCCAGCACCGCAAACCGUUAAAGAAUUACGAAGGUAUUUGGGUAUGCUUAAUUUCUAUAGGCGGUUUGUUCCAGGAGCAGCUAAAAUAUUGGCACCACUUACCGCCUUGCUCGCUGGAGAUCCGAAAGCAUCAACACCUAUUGUUUGGACCCCAGCGCUGCGUGAGACAUUCCAACUGAGUAAGUCACAUCUGUCAAAGGCUACUUUAUUGGCCCACCCAGACUCUGACGCAGAGCUGGCUUUACAAACGGAUGCAUCAGAUGUCGCCAUUGGAGCUGUACUUCAACAACGCAAAAACGGAUUGUGGGAACCAUUGGCUUUCUUCUCCAAGAAGCUAAAUUCAGCUCAACAAAAAUAUAGCCCAUACGAUCGAGAGUUACUCGCGAUAUAUGAAGCCAUCAAGUAUUUCCGAUAUAUGGUAGAAGCCCGCUCAUUCACAAUCCUAACUGAUCACAAACCACUAACGUUUGCCUUCAUGACAAACCGCGACAAGUGCUCACCGAGACAAUUCAGGUAUUUGGAUUUUAUAUCCCAAUUUUCGACAGAUAUCCGAUUUGUGUCUGGGAAGGAUAACAUAGUGGCUGACGCUCUCUCCAGAAUCGAGGAGCUUACUACAUUCUUAGAUUAUCAAGCCCUCGCGGAGGCCCAGACAAGCGACACUGAACUGUCGGAGCUUCUACAAGGCGGAUCUUCACUUCAGCUGCAAAAGAUUACAUCCCCAGUCUCAGGUUUCAGGUAUUGUCUAACAAUCGUUGACCGCUUCACUCGUUGGCCUGAGGCUUACCCAUUACAAGACAUCACAGCAGACACCUGCGCCGCGGCCUUCGUUGGAGGCUGGAUUGCACGAUUCGGCUGCCCAGAACGAAUAACUACCGACCGCGGACGUCAAUUUGAGUCACAACUGUUCAAAAAGAUCUCCGCACUCAUGGGUUCGACUCAUUUAACCACCACAGCUUAUCAUCCGGCUGCUAACGGUCUCGUGGAAAGGCUCCAUAGACAACUUAAGGCCGCCAUUAUGUGUCACGCUACAACUCAGUGGACAGAAGCGCUUCCCUUAGUGCUACUGGGCAUUAGAAGCGCAUGGAAAGAAGAUCUAAAUAGCUCUCCUGCUGAACUGCUAUAUGGCGAACCACUUACAUUACCAGGUCAGUUCUUCUCUUCCUCUUCUUCAGAGUCAGUAGUAGACAUCUGCGAUUUUGCCAGUCGCCUUCGAAAGCACAUGAGCCAACUUUCUCCGCAGCCAACAUCAUGGCACACGAGCUCCAACCGUCCCUUUUACAUUCCGAAAGACUUGAAGGAUUCUGCAUAUGUAUUUUUGCGUCAAGGUCCAGAACGACGAUCUCUGGAAGCACCAUACCAAGGACCGUUCAAGGUAUUGCGCCAUGGAGUUAAAACCUUCGAUAUUGAAGUCAAUGGAAAAGCAAUCAAGGUUACAAUCGACCGAUUGAAACCAGCAUAUUUAGCUAGAGAUGAUUUCGCACCUUUCUCAUCACCUGUGCGUACAGGCGAUGAAACAGCUUCAGAUAGCUCUGAUUCAAAUCAUGGUGCAGAUGCAGAUGAUCAAACGUCACCGGAUCAGGGCUUAGCGCAAAGGACACGGAGUGGUCGGCAUGUACGAUUCCCUGCUCACCUGCAAGAAUAUUAUCGACCGUAG